UCAUGAUGAUCACUAGUCUAGUCCACACUCCCAAGUCAACUUUCCUUCUGUAUAUAUAUACAUAUACAUAUAGUUAUCUGUAUAUCGGAAACUCUCAUCUCGAGCCUUUUUACAGAGAGUAGGAGAAGAAAUUUGCAGCAGGCGAUUUACUCCGAAUUAUUAAGCAAAAACAGAGACUUACACUAUAUCUCUACAAAAUAAUGGAUGGAGAUGCUCUCUCUACUCGUAUUAAAGCUAUUGACGAAAAGCUAGAUGGCUUGACUCCAAUUAAUGCUGAAGAGAAAUUCAUAUUUAAAGUGCAUGAGGAGUUACUUCAGGUAAAUGAGAAGGCUUACAAACCCACGCUGCUUGCCAUCGGUCCUUACAACGACCACGGCAAGGUUUGCCGGGGGCUUAUGGAAGAGCAUAAAUUGCGGUAUCUGAAACAAAUGCGUGAUACGAGAAAUGACCGCAGUGUGAAAGAAUACUUUAAAGUCUUGAGAGAACUAGAAGGGAGAGCCCGUAAAUGCUAUGCAGAAUGCAUUGGCCAGACCAAAGAUGAAUUUGUAGAAAUGAUGUUACUUGAUGGUUGUUUCAUCAUUGAGCUGUUCCGUAAGUGCAAGGGGUUGAGUCCAAGGGAUGAUCAUGAUCCAAUCUUCCAAAUCGAUUGGAUGCUUAACGCAGUAGAAGUCGAUCUACUGUUAUUUGAAAAUCAACUUCCAUACUUUGUUCUUGAUAAAUUGUUUGAGAUCAGUAGCCAGACGCCAAUCCCCAACCGAUCAGGACAUUCUGGAGAACAAAUUGGCGAUAUUGAACAGAAAUAUGAAAUUAGUCGUUAUAAAAGUUCAACCUCUACAGAUCAAGUUAUACGACUUCACGAUAUUGCCAUUCAUGUUUUCCCUGACAACAUAAGAUUAUCGGAAUUGAAUGUUGGACACUCAAGUCAUCGUUUAACCGAAAAGAGUAAGAUUCCACUUCUUGAUACGUUUAUCAAUGUUCCACUCGAUGAGCAUGGAAAGGUGCUUCAUGUUGAGAAUGAAAAGGUGCUUCAUGAUGAGUAUGAAAGGGUGCGAAGCAAAUUAAGCAACGCAGAUUUUAAGCAUCUACUUGAUUAUAUGAUGCAUACAAUAAUCAAGUUCUUAGCACUUGAUACAGAACUAAAUCAUGUCAAAGAAAGUCAAGAGGUUGGAGUCAAAUUCAAGAAGGGAGUGAUAUUUAAGCAUUUAUUUGGCUUGAUGCGUAGUUUUGUUAGUCCUUCAGUUGCAGAAAUGGAAAAGAAGGGAGUGAUAUUUAAGCAUUUAUCUGGGCUGAUGCGUAGUUUUGUUAGUCCUUCAGUUGCAGAAAUGGAAAAGAUCAAGAAGGGCGUUAACAAGAAGUCAACAAGUGACACCAAAAAGCAACAUGAGUAUGGGUACGGAUUCAAUAAGGUAAUACCUAAUGCAACAGAUCUUCAAGAUCGUGGAGUCAAAUUCAAGAAGGCAAAGAAAGGCACCGCAUUUGCCAUGUAGUUUACCAAUGGGGUAUUGGAAAUUCCAUAUUGGAGAAUAGCAGAUUCAACUGAGACUUUCUUGCGAAACCUACUUGCAUAUGAGCAAUAUAGUCUAAACGAGAUUUCGAAUUACGUCACCGACUAUGUGAUAUUUAUGGAUGAUCUCAUUGACUCUCCAAAGGAUGUUGAAUUACUCCGUCGAGAAGGAAUUAUUGACAAUUGGUUGGGUGAUGAUGAAGUUGUUUCUACCAUGAUUAACAAGCUUGGUGACAAUAUCAUUACGCCAGACCCUCACCAUACUUACGCUCAAACUCGGAUUGCUAUUAACAAGCAUUGCCGUAUACGCAGGAAUCAAUGGAUGGCAAAAUUAUGGCUCGAAUAUUUCAACAGUCCUUGGUCACUGUUAUCAUUUCUGGCGGCUGUCGUAUUGCUCGGGGUUUCAAUUACACAGACCAUAUUUGCCAUUCUUUCUUACAAAUAAUAAUUGGUAGUUGUCUCAUUGCUUCUACUUGUCCCUCUCUUGAUUGUACAACUGUAUAAUUUCGAAUAAUCGCAUUUUACCAAAUAAAUUACUUGCGUGGCUCAUCAUGAAAUGUUUUUUUGGUUUAA